GGUUUAUUGGUUUUUUUUGACUCGCAUUUCAAGAGUUUUGGGGAAGCAGAGAGAGGAGACCGAGGCUGUGGGCGAGGGCAGAGCCGGCACUCACUGACUCCUCCGGCUGCGUCCCGGCCGCGCUCCCGGCGCGCACUCCAGCAGGAUGAGAGCGGCGGAGCUCCUGGUGCUGUGUCUGCCAGCGCUCCUGGUGCAGGGACAGUUCAGCAGGUUCGAGGGCAUCACCUAUCCCGAGCCAGCCCAGUACUCCCAGUACGACCAGCAGGCAGAAAUUCAGGAUUACUACGACUACCAUGAUGUCACCCCCCGAGCCCCAGAGGAGCAGUUCCGGUUCCAAUCCCAGCAGCAAUCCCAGCAGGAAACCGUGCCAGCCCCGACCCCAGGAAUUCCCGGGAAUUCCCGUUUCCCAGACUGCCGGGAGGAGCAGUACCCCUGCACCCGGCUCUACUCCGUGCACAAGCCCUGCAAGCAGUGCCUGAACGAGAUCUGCUUCUACAGCCUCCGCCGGGUGUACGUCAUCAACAAGGAGAUCUGCGUCCGCACCGUGUGCGCCCACGAAGAGCUGCUGCGAGCCGACCUGUGCCGGGACAAGUUCUCCAAGUGCGGGGUGAUGGCCACGAGCGGCCUGUGCCAGACGGUGGGAGCGUCCUGCGCCCGCAGCUGCGGCGGAGAGUGA